AUGCCUUUGCAGAGUCCGUAUAAACGCGUUAUAGUUCUUGCUUUAGACGGCGUUGGCAGAUUUUUUACAGAGGUACCAACACCCGCAUUUGAUGCAUUUUUUGCUUCUGGUGCUAGUUCAUUAAAAGCAAAAGCGAUUGUGCCAACGGAUAGUGCUCAGAACUGGGGUUCUAUAUUACAUGGUGUUCUUCCAGAAAAGCAUGGACUAAAAAAUGGUGAUGUUGAAGCAGGAGUACCAUAUAAAGAAGAUGACCCUUAUCCCAGUAUCUACAAGAUACUUGGUAAUAGCUCUAAAGAUAUUAAGAUGGCAUCUUAUGUAGCGUGGGAGGCAAUCAAUACUGGUAUUAUUGAAUUGUCAGUUAAAACUGAUUUGUAUGCACCUCUUACUCAUGAGAAUGUUUUCUGGAAAUGGUGGUUACGCUUUAAACAUCAUUGGCUUAAAGAUUCUGUUUAUGACUAUACUGUAAUUUCAAGAUUAGUUGAUUAUAUUCGUAAUCCAGAGAAUAAAGAUGUAGAAUUGUUGCUUGUCCAUCUAACUGAUGUGGAUGAACAUGGACAUGGACAUGGUUAUGGAUCUCAACCAUAUCUUGAACAAAUCAAGAUUAUGGAUUCGCAAGUCGCAACAAUUCUUGAAACUAUCGAAGAAGUGGGAUGGAAAGAUGAUUCACUUAUUAUUAUGACAACUGAUCAUGGUGGUAUUGGAACACAACAUGGAGGAGAUAGUGAUGUGGAAGUUAAUGUAUUCUUAGCUGUUAGUGGAGCAGGGAUUGAACCAAACUCAAAGAUUGAAAGUGAAGUAACUAACAUGGAUUGUGCAGCUAUAAUUCUUGAAGGAUUAGGAAAGGAGAUUCCUGAAUGGUUUGAUGCCAAAUUACCUGCUGAAUUUUCAUCGAAGAAUGGGAUCAGCUCUACUAUUGAGGUAUCUUCAAACAAACCAACUGGACAAACAAAGAAUUAUGGUCUCUGUCCUGCUUGUGGUGGGCCCAAAACAUCUAGUAAUUGGUGCCCACCAUGCUGUUCACAACUAUUACUUGAAGAUAAUCUAAAAAAUCCAAGUGGAGAUGAAGAUAUAGAUAAUUUUAUUAGAGAAACAAUUAUUAGUGCAAGACGAUCUUAUGAUUACCUAGAAUUUAUACCUUAUGAAAAUUUCAAGGAUAUUAAAAAAAUUGGAGAGGGAGGAUUUGCUGUAGCAUCAUUGGCAACAAGAACUAAUUGUUUAAAAGGCCAUUUUGAAUGGGAUGAAGUAGCUAAGAAAUAUGUAAGACACAGUUAUAAAGAUUAUCGUAUUGCUUUAAAAUCUUUUCGUAAUAGACCCAAUAUAGCUAAAGAAUUUCUUAAUGAGAUUAAAACUCAUCAUAAAUGUAUGAUGUUACAAGAGGAUGAAUUUCUUCAAUGCUAUGGAAUUAGUCGAAAUCCAGUAACAAAAGAGUUUAUUAUAGUUUUAGAUUACGCACAAUAUGGAGAUUUACGACAAUUUUUACAACAAAAUCAUAAAACUUUAAAAUGGGAAGAUAAAUUAAAAUUUACGACAAAAAUUAUUCAAGAUCUUAAAGUUAUUCAUGAAGCAGGAUUAAUUCAUUGUGAUUUUCAUAGUGGUAAUAUUUUACAAAUAUCCAACUAUCCUCGUGUAUCUGAUUUUGGAUUGUCACGUGCGGAUCAAGAUUUUGUUCCAGAUGGUGGUAUAUAUGGAGUAGUUCCAUACAUGGCACCAGAAAUUUUAUCCGGAAAACCUUAUCGACAAGCAGCAGAUGUAUAUAGUUUUGGAAUUAUUAUGUGGGAAAUUACUUCCGGUAAACCAGCAUUUUAUGAUACACCACAUGAUUAUCAACUUAUAUUAAAAAUUAUUGAUGGUAAUCGACCACCAAUUGUUAAAAGUACACCAUCAUGUUAUCUUAAAUUAAUGCAAAGAUGUUUGGAUAAUGAACCAAAAAAUCGACCUACAGCAACAGAAAUUUAUGAAAUUUGUAAUGAAUGGUAUAAUUGUGUUAAAGAACAAAAAGUGGAAACAGAAAUUUAUCAACAAUUUGCAAAAUCUGAUGUAAUACCUUAUGAAGAGGAAGAAAAUAUUGUUGAAUUUAAUAGAAACCUUUAUACCAGUAAACUUGUUCAUUAUACCAAUAAGAUUAUUACUAAUAAUUAUGAUUCUAAACAAUUCGAUCUUUGCUUAUAA